AUGAUUGCCUAUGGGCAUGAAAUAAUUAGUUACAACGAAGGAUGCGUGGCGCUCUGUGUAGUGUGUACAUCUCUUGUAGGUUGUAGCUGUGGUGAAUUUCCCCGUCUUGCAAGCGUUUCCACUGCUCUUCUGGUAAUCGUCGGUCCUGUCGCAAAUGAUGGGUGUUUGGUGACUGGUCAAGACCAUCGCUCAGCCGGCCCGCAGUCUGACCAUCUCAACCCCGUGUUGUGCCAGGCGGCGUGGACGGUCGUUGCAUGAAACCGAGAAGCACGACUGGUGCAGAUCCACCAACGACACGGUCUCUGCGUGUCUGCAAGAUGCGAACAAAAACAUCCCCUUAGGACAUACCUAGUCAUCAAACCCUGCUACUGACGCAUGCUGUUCCUUCCAGAAAACUCGAUAACCAUCGAUAUCCCAUUGGCGCUUACACCUCCAAACCGGAACAUGCCUGGUAGCCACAGCUCUUGAACGGUCACGAGAAAUAUCGAUGCUCUGCUCGAGUAUCACAUAUUGCUGCAGGCUUCAUGUUAUUACCAAUGCUGUGUGCGUUCACUGACUGUAGUAAGUCGGUUUGCCAUGCAGAGAACGGGGUCCGAAAUUAUCAGUAUAAACGCUACGCCGCAACCAAAUGCAUAGCAGUUACACUAUGGCCUUAUGGGUGCCAACUUGAAAUUGUAACGUGGGAGCGACCGCAUGGUGUGACGCAGUGUUGGACCCCGGCCCGGCCUUGCUCGCUUGUUGUGAUCAUUCCAAGCCAUUGUCAUUACCUGUACAUGAAUUGCUGAGCUGGCAAGCUGUCGCCUUUCUUUCACGCACCUCAAUGUCACAGUGAAGCCUAGGGUUUGAGGUAGCGGAAAUCAGAACAGUUGCUGAGCCAGAACCAUUAUCUUGUCCGCGCUACUAAGCACCAUGUUGGGCUUUGCGUGUGUCUCUGCGCUCCUCCUGGAAGCAUCGCUGCUCAUACAUGUAGCUCAGGUGCAAGGUGGAAGCUACGAAAACAUCUUCCUCAGCCUCCAAGCCGGCGACGGCUCACAGCGACAGAGUGAUCAUGAUCUCUUAGAUGUCGGCGUCUCUCCACUCUACUCGACCGUCCAGCACGCUUUGGACUGUGCCGCCAAGCUUCGCACGGAUGGUUUUUGUGGCAGCUCGGUAAGGGACAGUGGGACGAAACCCGCGAGGAGGAUCGAUCAUGCCGACACAAUUCACAUAUUUCUCCGCGUUGAUGAGACCACGCAAUGCUCCGUGUUGGCAGGAUCUCGGCGGGCCUACUUAGACAUUUCCAACUUGAAUUCGCUGAACGUCGUCAUUCAGGGAGUGGUUAGUUCGACAUGUUCGCAUGCUAACAUUACUAGCAAUAAGCAGGUGAGAGCUAAGAUGCAGGUUAGGAAGCAAGAAACCAACAUCAGCUUCUGGAACCAGCCGCCCAAGGUGCUGCUGAUACGCAAUAGUUCGUUGAUCGUUUUCAGGCACGUCAGUUUCGAGGGGAAUGAGGAGGCAUGUGUACCCGGACAAGCAAAGAUUCACCUUUUCCGUGCGUUUGGCGUGCUCUUCUACGACGUGAUCGCCGUGCAGACGGAGCGCUCGCGUAAGCUUCUUUCUAUCCGGAACUCAUAUUUGAUCGUGAUGCGAAACUGUACUUUCGAUGGAUCCAGCUGGAGUCAGCGGGCGCUAAGUCCCUUUGAUGAUGUGUCUACGCCUGGCGAGGUAGCUAUUCACAUCUACCUAUCAGAUAUGGACUGUGUGAAUGAGACGGCGGAGAGCCGCAGCUCGGUAGACAACUCAGGGUUCAGGUCUUUCCUCAACCAGCUCAGAUCUGCAGUUCCCGAUUACGGCAGUGACGUCAUAAAAAUAAUGGUUGAUGGGCGCAAUCGCUCGUGGCACUGGCAAUGGCCAAGCUUCCUGAUGACCUCUUGCACCGUGAGCUCGCUCGGCGGUAAGCCGAGCCACUUCAACCAGAAGCUGAGCGGCACUGGGGUGAAAACGAAAAAUGGCACCAGUCUUAGCCUGUUCUACAAAUCAGUGCAGCGGUGUUUCGUCGCCGUGGACAACACGAUCUUCACAUCGAACAGAAGUCCGUUUGGGUCGACGAUGCGAGUUGUGUUCCUUGGUUUCGGCACGAAACAAUCGAGCGAGAACAGUGCUCGAAUCUCCGGGAGUCAGUUCUUGGGUAAUCAUGGCCAAUUCGCCGGAGCCCUCCUUGUCCGCUUCGUGAACAGCAGCACCGAAAGCAAUUCUGUCUCAGUGGACAACUGCGACUUCGUGGGAAAUUCAGCGACGUACGAGGGUGGCGUGGCAUCGGUACAUUUUGGGGACGAGAGUGGAUUCCGCGGGAAUAGAGUAUCAUUUUCCAACUGUAUCAUGGAUUCCAACAAGGCCGCGUUCGAGGAACACUCUCCCACUCCAGGUGGCGCAGUGUCGAUCCGAUCCGAUCACCUCGACAACGUCCGGUGUGCGAGAAGCUUGAAAUACUGGCAGCUGGUAUCGGCUCCGUCAGUGAAGGCUGAUUCUCUUAGCAUGUCCAAGUCCAGUGCCACCAGCGGUCGGUGUGCUGAGGUAGAGUUUUGCAACUGCACAUUCGAAAACAACGUGGGUUACCGCACUGUGAACGUCGUGCGUGCCAAUGUCAUCUUCAGCAAGAGAACUGUGAUCGCAAACUGCAGUGGAGGAGCGCUGGGACUCCGCAGCUCCAAGGCAUUCAUCUUCGGCCAGAUGAUCAUCUCCAAUAACCAGAGCAAUUGUGGCGUGGCUAUGAUCCUGGAGGAGAAAUCGACGGUUGAUGCGACUGAGGCAGAGCUGCUUCAGGUGGACAUGGAUCGGUUCCUGGCUGCCGACGCACUUGCUUCCUCGUCGUCCUAUGCCGAUAUGCUUCACAACAUGAACAAGCCCAGGACACUCGGGGACUGUCCCAUUCUAUUUCCAAAGAAUAAGACCGUGUCUGGGAACAUUAUCAAAGCACUCUUUAAGCGCAAAUGGAGGAGGCCAUACAAUUCAGAUGUUGCCAAGUACUCAGUCGUUUCCAUGGCAAGUCUGCACAAGUGCUUUGGUUACUUUUCGAGCUACUUGAAUGACUUGUACUCGGCGAUUGACGCAAAAUUUUCAGUUCGAUGCUACUGUCUUCCCUACUCACCUGCCGUUUGGGACAAGAAUGAUGGACAGUAUAGAACUGUAGCUCCGCGUGGGGAUCCAGAACUUCAAGAGUUUCGUUUUCUAAGACAGCAUUACCUAUCCCACCCGGCGUACCAAGAACUCUGCACGGAGCAGGUGGAGGGCCUUGCGAAUAUGUCUAAUGUCAGCUCCUUUUUCAGCCAAGCUUGCUGGAGGAAGGAGCUGUGCCAGGCGAACUCAUGCAGUCCUAAUCCAACUGUGCAGCAUCAGCUGUGCUCCGGGCAAGUACCGAAUGCUCAUUUGCACCAACCUGAUCGCUGCUACAGCCCUGUUCAGGGUGUCUAUGUUGUAAACACGGACAAGUACGACUCCAGGGAGUCCAGCGUGCUGGGAACCUUCCUGGCCUGGAGCUUCUUUGAGAGUGCUACAACGGGCUGCUUCAAACCUGUUGGAAAGGAGGUCUGGUUCUAUCACAGAACAUGUAGCAGAAAGGUCGUUAUCGAAUCCAUCUUUGCGGCUGAGUACCAGCUGAACAUCAGUACCGACUGCAUUCUGCAUCGCCUGAACUUCCUGUUGCGUCGCUACCGGCGUAGCGUCACCCCAGUGCUGCCUGGCUAUAAGCUACUGCUGACGCCCUGGGCCGGCUGGCUGAACCAGUGGCACCGCAUGGACAACAACGCCAACUCCACCUGCUUGCAGGACAUUCACGGACCGAUGGUACCGGAGUUCAGUAUCUCCAACAUCACCCUGAACCCGUCGCCCGGCGAGAAAUUCGCCCUGAAAGUGGCCACGAGAGAUGAGCUCCUCACUGAAGUCACCGCAUCUCUGCAGAUUGAGCUAUAUGCAGACCAUCACACUGUUCUUCUUGGUCAUGGCAAGCACAUCUACAAGACUGGCGAGGUAGUGGUGUUUGGCUCAGAUGUGGCUCUGCAAAAUAUUGCCCUCUAUGGCCCACCGGGUGCAACGGGCUACCUGCAAAUCAGAAGCCGUGGUCAGGAUUCCUAUAUCUCCAGCAGCCCAUCAUUUCUUAAGCUGAGAAUACUGUUUGUGCUGCGAGACUGCUACUUGGGAUUUCACACAAUGAAGGCCAUCAAUGACUCCGUCGCAAGAGGCAUUGUGGAUGCCUAUUGCAAUAUCGACGCUGAGGAUGUUGACAGUACAGGGCAACAAGAAAACGGCAUGACACCCAAACAGCAUGGCGGCCGGCGAAGCCAAGUCUUUCGUUUGCUAAGUUGCCACGUGAACUACGAGCAGAACGAGGCUUGCGUCGAGAAAAACCCCGACAGCCACCAUAACACGAGGGUGAAGAUUCAAAGAGGCUGCUGGGCCGGUCGCAUACAUUCCACGGCACAGUGUGAAAGGCCACCUAACCACGUACCAGCACCAGGGCAGAACGUGUCUUUGGGUCAGGAUAGCAACUGCGGUGAUGACAGUGAGUUUGUGGCAGGCCAGUGCGACAAGAUCGAGUGCAAACUUAGCCGAGCCGGCUCGCCCAAGCACAAAAUCUGGACGCUGGGCAUUGAUAAUCCAUGCUACAAGUGGUGUCACUGCACCGGCACUCUGUGUUCAUCGUGUCUCGACGGCUUCAGUCGACUGCCGAGCACUGUUGGCUGCCAUGACUGUAGGAAAGCUAAAGUCAAGAUCCAUUUGUGGCAGUUUUACCUGCUGCUUGCCUUCGGAGGUCUGGUUAUUCUCACCAUUCUGCUCUUCUUGAACAUUGGGGUAUCUCCAACACUGGACGGCUGGUGGUUCUUCUCCCAGCUUUACCUCGAAGCUACUAGCAACUUCACCUGGAAUGGCGCUGUGUUGGUACGCACACUGAACACACUCGGACUGGGUCUCAUCUGCCAGUACAAAUCUCUCGACGGCUUACAGGCUGGCUUAACACAGCUGCUGUUACCACCGUUCAUGAUACUGGUCAUCGUCGUACUGUGGUUCCUGGCUCGUCGAGGCAUCGGCGCUCGUCUAUGGAAGUUCUUCCAGCGCCGCAACUCCAUGAUGCAGGUAUUCUGGCUAGUGAUCCUCUUCUCCGCAUCCAACACAGCCUAUCGGAGUGCCCACCUGCUGCGCUGGGCCAUGAUUGGCCCACACCGUGUGGUGUACCUCGAGAGCACGAUCGGCUACCUGAGCCUUGCACAUCUGCCGUACGCACUGGUCGCGCUGGUCAUGCUGAUAUUCGCCGUGCUCCCUGCCCCGAUUCUGCUGCUCUGGCGGCCCGUUCACAUCUGGCCGGCGCUGAAAGUGUUCAUUGAUGAGGCCACCCACAUCUACGAGGACGAUCGCCAGUGGUGGGCAGCCAUCAGCAUUCUACGCCGCAUGCUGCUCGGACUGUUGCAUGCAGUGCUGCCAAGUGGUCCGAGUCGUCGUGCGUCCACUGCUAUGCUUCUUAGUGUGAUCCUUGCUGCUCAGGGAAUUUUCAGGCCAUACCGUCGAGAAGCCAGGCUGUGGCGCGUACAUGACGUGCACAACUGCUUCGAGAUGUGUAGUCUGCUGAUACUCAGUACAUGUUGCAUUGCCUAUGUGGUACACAUGGACGUGAUUGGAGGCACCGAGAUCGUCACUAUCAGUGACAUAUACGCUGGAAUAUUGUACGGCUGUUUUACCUGUGCGGCGCUGGCCAUUGGCAUUCGUCCGUUUAUCUCCAGCUGGCGAAACAGCCUGCUGAGAAAGCCACGCAACACAGCUCAGAAUGUAUGUGCCGUGAGCGAGCUUGACGAUGACAAUGACGACAAUGACAACCUUCCCCUUGGCAAUCUGGGAGAGAAAUGCUCGGCGGAGGAACGUAGGGGGGUCCCUCAUGCAGGCAAACCGUCAGUUGAACGCAGCAUCAGCAGCAACCAGUCAUCCUCCACUGGCAAGCAAGCUAAACCAAAGAAAGCUGUGAACAUGGACAUUGCGAAGGUUGACACUGGACUGAGAGACCCUCUUCUGGUGGACUUUUUGGCAUAGAGUUGGAGGUAUUCCAUGCCGACGACAAGAUGCAUGCUCCCGCAAGACCUACAUGUAUGGACACAUGUGAUAGCUGUUGUCUUAUUGCUCUAAAGUAGCAUUAUAAAAUGUAAAAGGCAGCAUUUUCUGUGGCACACCCAAGCAUCUCCCGAGGAGCCUGUUACACAAUGUCAGCAAUAUGCCUGAUUGACGUUCACAUCAAAACCUGCACUAUUGUUGUCAGCCAGAAUUUCAAAUACACUUCUCUGUUCCACAAAGAUUAUAUAAACAGCUUGACACUUUAAUACCUUGACCAGGGUGCAAAGUAUAAUUCGUCGACAAACACUUUCCUUCAGUACUAUGACACAAAAUUUAAUUAUUUUUUACGGCUUAGAGAGGCACCUUUCUAGCUAUUUGCAGGAUUCUUAGAAUGCCUUUUCAAUCUCACCUUUCUAUUAUAGAAUCUGAAAUUUGCAAAGAGCAUAGCUUUUAGACUUAUCCGUAGAAUAUAGCUAUCUUUGUGCUCUGCACAAGCAACAUUACAUUUUUGAAGAUCCCACAAUUUGUUUGGCAUGUUUUUCGCCUUUGCAUUGGUGGGGCUUUUAGUAAACAAUAGAAUAGAAUGCAAUACACAGUAUGACCCUGCCAUGAGCUCGCUUUGCGGA